CGCGAAGCCUCUGCCUGAGGCUGUUUUGAGGCCUCUCUCUGGCCGGGCUGAGGCGGCGCUGUGAGGCGGGCGAUCUAUGAAUUCUUGCAAUGGCUGUGUAUGUUGAUCAUCGAAUUGAAGCUCCUAGUUCCUGUGGGCCCCCUUCGCAUAUAUCCUGGCAUGAUGUGCAUCCGGUUUUGGCUGUAGCAUCCAUCAGUUCAAACUCUGUUGGCAGUGUAGAUAUUUUUCAGGAACAGGGAGAGCACCUGUCUGAUGUGCGCACAGAGAGGAAUUUCCGGGCCACGUGUCUCAGCUGGCAUCCAUCCAAGCUGAUACUAGCAAUAGGCUGGGAGCUGGGGGAAGUGGUGGUAAUGAACAAGCAAGACAAGGAGCACCAUGCAGUCCCCUCCUACCACCAUGCUGAAAUCACCAUCCUGAGCUGGAGCACCAAUGGCUCUCGCCUCGUUUCCGGAGACAGACUUGGUGGCCUUGUUUUGUGGAAAGUGGACCAGCGGGGUAGAGUUCAGAGCCCGUCUCUGCUUCAGCACCAAUAUGGAAACCAUCUUAGCUGCUGCGUUUUUCGGCCACCUCCUCCUGGCGAGGACUUAGUGCAGCUGGCAAAAGCAGCUGUGAGUGGUGAUGAGAAAGCCUUGGACAUGUUCAACUGGCGGAAAUCUGGCAUGGGCAUGCCUCUGAAAAUGGGACCCCAAGAAGGGUUGUCUUUCUUUAUUGGCAUGUCAGAUGGUGCAGUGCAUUAUGUGAACGACAGAGGGAAAGCCAGCCAUACGUUGACUGCCGAGAGCUCAGUCCAAAAGCUGCUGUUGAUGGAGAAAAAGGAUGUAUUGGUAAUAAUAACGGACACUCUCCUCUUAUCUCUUCACAAAAUUACUUCGGAGGGAGAAGCUGAGGAGAUCAUGAAGGUGAAGCUGACUGGGAAGAUAUGCCACCCUGCGGAUAUCAUUUUGAUUGACCGAGGCCUUCUGAUCACAGCGACAGGUGAACCAGUCCUUAGGUUGUGGGACCUGGAAUUUGGCGAGAACUAUGUGCUGUCUUUAGACACGCAGCUUGGAUUUGAAACGGGAGAGUGUAUCAGCUGUGUGUCCUAUUGUAAUGCUAAAGGUCUCUUGUCAGCUGGCACCAACAAAGGGAGAGUAGCGAUGUGGAGGAAAGUGCAUGUCUCUAGCCAACAUUCAUCAUCAUCAGAAGGCAAGGAGACAUGGAAGCUUCAGGCCCCUACAGAGCUUGAAGGGAAUAUCACUCAAAUCAAGUGGGGUUCCAAGAAGAGCUUGUUGGCUGUCAACACCACCAGCUGUGUGAAGAUCCUCAGCGAGCAGGCCAUGUGUUCCCACUUCCAUCAGCAAGUGGCAGUGGUGCAGGUGUCGCCCAGCCUGUUCAACAUCACCUUCUUCAGCACAGCCACCACUCACAACCUCCGCCUCGACAUGCAUGUGACUGGAGUUUUUGCUACAAAGGAUGCUGUAGCAUUCUGGAAUGGAAAGCAAGUUACCAUCUUUGAACUCUCAGGUUCUACGCUGCGAAAUUCAGGUACUUUUGCCUGCGACUCCCCUGUGUUGGCCAUGCAUGAAGAAAACCUUUACACUGUUGAGCCAAAUCGCAUACAAGUUCGCACCUGGCAGGGCACAGUUAAGCAGCUGCUGGUGUUCUCUGAAUCAGAAGGGAACCCAUGCCUACUGGAUGUCUGUGGGAACUUCUUGACUGUUGGAACGGACUUGGCUCACUUUAAGAUUUUUGAUCUUUCUCGCAGAGAAGCAAAAGUGCACUGCAGCAGCAAGGCCCUGGCUGAUCUGGUUCCAGGAACUGGUGGCAUUGCCUCAGUGAAGUGCAAUGCCAAUGGCAAUAAAGUCAGCAUCCUCAUCAGCAAGGCUGAUCAGAGCCUUGAUUCCAGGGUCUGUUUCUAUGACAUUGAAAUGGACACUGUCACCCUUUUUGAUUUCCACUCUGGACAACAGAAGGAUGCUAAGGAGAUGCUGUAUGCUGCUGGACAGGAGGAUGACAGCACAGGCGGCUCUGAACAUCCUGAACUAUGUGACCGCAUCCCUAUCACUCAAUUUUGGGAUCAAAGUGAACCAAGGCUUUUUGUAUGCAAAGUAGAUCUUGACCCAAGCCAGCAGCCUUCGGAUAAGAAGCAGCAAGUUACGGAAAACAUGACGGAUGUUUUGAUUGUAUCCUUCUUCAGUACUGAGGAACAUGGUCUCCUGUUACAGGACAGCUUUCCGUUGCCAUCAGCCUACCAAUCUCUUCUGGGCAUGGAGGUGCCACAUUAUUACUUUGCCAAAAAGCCUGAAGCCGAGAAAGAAGAUGAAGGGGACACUGGAUUGAUACCGCUCUAUCAGAUGGUAGCCAGGAGACCGAUGCGAGACUUCAUUGGACUGGAAGAUUGUGACAAGGCCACACGAGAUGCCAUGCUUAAUUUCAGCUUCUGUCUCACCAUUGGGGACAUGGAUGAAGCCUUCAAGUCAAUCAAGCUCAUCAAAAGAGAAGCUGUCUGGGAGAACAUGGCUUGCAUGUGUGUGAAGACGCGAAGACUGGAUGUUGCCAAAGUGUGCCUGGCCAACAUGGGACAUGCCCGAGGCGCCAAGGCUGUACGGGAGGCUGAGAAGGAGCCAGAGAAAGAAGCUCAAGUGGCCAUGUUGGCGAUCCAGCUGGGCAUGUUGGAAGAUGCUGAGCAGCUGUACAAGCAGUGCAAGCGCUACGACCUUCUGAACAAGUUCUACCAGGCCUCAGACCAGUGGCAGAAAGCCAUUGAAGUGGCUGAAGCACAUGACCGAGUCAACCUGCGCACCACCUAUUACAAUUAUGCCAAGCAUUUGGAAGCCACGGGCGAGCACUCUCAGGCACUCAACUACUAUGAGAAGUCAGAUACGCACAGGUUUGAGGUACCUCGGAUGCUUUCAGAAGAUCUCCAUGCCUUGGAGUCUUAUGUCAACAAGAAGAAGGAUAAGACCUUGUGGAAAUGGUGGGCUCAGUACCUGGAGAGCCAGGCAGACAUGGAAGGGGCUUUAAAAUACUAUGAACUGGCUCAGGAUUACUUUUCCCUAGUCCGUGUUUACUGUUUCCAGGGUAACAUUCAGAAGGCAGCAGAAAUUGCAAACGAGACUGGGAACUGGGCAGCUUCAUAUCACCUCGCCCGUCAGUAUGAGAGCCAGGACGAUAUCAAGCAGGCUGUGCACUUCUACACCCGGGCCCAAGCGUUUAACAAUGCUAUUCGUUUGUGUAAGGAGAACAAUCUGGAUGACCAGUUGAUGAAUGUAGCCCUUCUCAGCUCGCCAGAGGAUAUGAUCGAAGCAGCACAUUAUUAUGAACAGAAUGUGGAAAAAAUGGACCGGGCGGUGAUGCUGUACCACAAGGCAGGACAUUUGUCCAAGGCGCUAGAGCUGGCCUUUGCCACCCAGCAGUUUGCCGCCCUGCAGCUCAUUGCUGAAGAUCUGGAUGAGAAGUCAGACCCUGCCCUGCUGGCUCGUUGCUCCGACUUCUUCAUUGAGCACGCCCAGUACGAGAAGGCUGUUGAACUCUUGCUUGCUGCCAAAAAGUACCGUGAUGCCCUGCUGCUCUGCCAAACUCAGAAUCUGACCAUCACUGAGGAGAUGGCUGAGAAAAUGACCAUCUCGAAGGACUCCAGUUUGCUUUCAGAGGACUCUAGGCGGAAACUCCUGGAACAGAUAGCCGAUUGCUGCAUGCAGCAGGGCAAUUACCACAUGGCCACCAAGAAGUACACACAAGCAGGAAAUAAGCUGAAGGCUAUGAGAGCACUUCUGAAAUCAGGGGACACAGAGAAGAUUGUGUUCUUCGCUGGAGUCUCCAGGCAGAGAGAAAUAUACAUAAUGGCCGCCAACUAUCUCCAGUCCCUGGACUGGCACAAAGACCCGGAGAUUAUGAAGAACAUCAUCAGCUUCUAUACUAAAGGCAGGGCUCUCGACCUCUUGGCUGGCUUUUACGAUGCCUGUGCUCAGGUGGAAGUGGAUGAGUUCCAGAAUUAUGAGAAGGCACUGGGGGCCCUAACUGAAGCCUAUAAGUGCUUGUCAAAGGCAAAGACUCGGAGCCCAGUAGAGCAAGAGAACAAACUGACACUUUUACAGAGCAAGAUGGCACUGGUGAAGAGAUUCAUUCAAGCACGGAGGCUUUACCCAGAAGAUGCCAAAGAGGCAGCCAGGCAGUGUGAGCUACUACUGGGUGAGCCAGACCUCGAUGGCAUCAUCCGCCCUGGGGAUGUCCUGGGGUUCCUUGUGGAGCAUCACGUGCAGGUGCAAGAAUUCCAGAUGGCCUAUCGCUACCUUGAAGAGAUGCGGAAAAAAAUUCCCUGUGUGAAUCUGAAUUACUACGUGAGUCAACAGACCAUUGAGGCGGUUCAUAGAGGACUGGGCAUCCCCCUGAGCCGGAACCCUGCGCCGGAGAGGAUUCGCCACAACAGCAUGGAGGACAAGGGGGUAGAAGAAGAAGUGGCUGAUGAAGUGGAGUUUUUCGAAGGAGCAGGAUGUAACCUCAAAUUUUAAUUUUGUUGGA